AUGUCGACCAACGAGGACUUUGUUUGCGCUUUGUGCCACGAGCUGAUUUACGAACCAGUGGUGCUGCCCUGCUCACAUGCGUUCUGCAGGGCCUGCCUGGUCGACUGCCUCCACCGUGGUCCCAGUUCUCGGCGCUGCCCCCUCUGCCGGAAGCUGCUUCACGCGACGAGCAAGGAGGACUUGAUACCCUGCGCCGCCUUUGCGACGCUCCUUGCCGAGCGCUUCCCAGAGGAGUAUGCAAGCCGCGCGGCAGCAGAGAAGGCUGCGGCCGAGCCUGAAACAGAGGGCUCAGCGUCGGAUGGUCAUGAGGAGCUGCCCCUUUUUGUGUUGGAAUCCAUUCUUCCACUGCAGCGGCUGCACUUGAACGUUUUCGAGCCGAGAUAUCGCGCGCUUGUGCGCGUUGCGCUGCAAAGCGGUCGGCGCUUUGGUUUGGUCGGAUUUGAUGCCAGUGGCAGUCAUCUGAAGCACGGCGUCGAAGCUGUCAUAGAGGUCUGCGAACAAACCCACGAUGGCAGAUUUCAGCUGCAGAUUGUCGCAAGCAGGCCAUUUAAGAUUUUGGAGGCCAGCCUCCACGAAAGUGGCUACCUCUUGGCCACGGUCCGCUUUCCCUCCGCAGAAAAGGUGCCCGCCUCCGAGGAGGUAGAAACGGCGGAAUCUCUUCUUCCGGAAUUGGAGGAGUGGCAGGGCUUCGUCCGCGCUGAGCGGCCACACCAGCUCGAGGGCAUCUUACGACAGCUUGGCCCACGACCCCCCUGCACACAGCCAGGAGCACCGUUUCAUGUAUCGCUGUUCUCUCCAUGUUUCUUCCGUCAUGGUCGCCACUAUAGUAGUAGUCGUCGUCGUGCCAGAAGCAGCAGUAGAGGUUGGGUUGUCUUCAUUGUCAUCAGUACUCUUCUGCUUUCUUUCCGGUAG